AUGGCUGACAAACCAGAGGAGGCAUUCUCCGCGCGGGAGCAGUUUGAGGAUGAAUACUAUACUCUAGUAGCCCGAGCACGGCAACUCCUGUCGAAUUCCGGUGCAGCUAGUGAGCGUUUUCUCGAAUGUGGAGGUGGUGUAGCAGGCUCCACAGACUCAAUACCAGGAUCUUUGGUGCGUGUUGUAAGCCACGACGGCCAGCAGCUUCACGCUCGAAUUUUGUUGGAUAACGGUAGCACUGCCAACUUUAUUACACAAGAUCUUUGCUGUCGACUUGGCUUGUCGCGACAUGGCACGAGCUCUACGGUAACGGUUAAAGCUGUACACCUGGAGCUUGUUACAGACCUCACAAAGGAGGGUUACAUAGCGGCUAAGACCAAGUGGCACAGUUCUACAGCAUCACUUACAGAAGGCGCCUUAGUACUCAUCCGUGAUAAAACGCAGCCUCCACUUCUUUGGCUUCUAGGACGCAUCGUACGAAGCUUUCCUGGAGCAGAUGGCAUCACAAGGGUUGCCGAAAUAAAAACAAAGAAGGGAAUUAUUCGAAGGGCCUAUAAUAACAUCUGCCCUCUACCUAUUUAU